CAGAGAGACCCGCGCAGGCAGGGGGAUCCGCAGACGUUUUAGGGCAAGGCCUAACCCUUUCAGCGUCCCCCCCUUCCCCACCGACCGCUGCCUGCGGCACCGCUGGAGCCAUGGGCAUCUCGCGCGACUCCCGCCACAAGCACCGCAAGACUGGCGGCCGCAGAAAUAUCCACCAGAAGAAGCGUAAAUACGAGAUGGGCCGGCCGUGGGCCCACUGCAAGCUGGGUUCUAACGCGUGCGCCCGGUGCGCGGCCGGGGGGGCAACAUGAAGUACCGCGCCCUCCGCUUGGACAGUGGCAAUUUCGCGUGGGGCACCGAGAACAGCACCAAGAAGGUUCGCGUCCUAGACGUAGUUUACAACGCCAGCAGCAACGAGCUCGUGCGCACGAAGACGCUCGUGAAGAAUGCGAUCGUGCAGAUCGAUGCGCAGCCCUUCAAGCAGUACUACCUCAAGAAAUACGGGGUUGACCUCGGCAAGAAGAUCAAGGGGGCGCCCGUCAAGAAGGAGGGCGAGGAGGAGGUCAAGAGGAGUCACCACGUCAUGGCGAGGCAGAAGUACCUGGCGUCCAAGCAGAAGCUGGACCCGGGCGUCGAGGACCAGUUCCAGAGCGGCCGCCUGCUCGCGUGUAUCGCCUCCCGCCCCGGGCAGAGUGGCCGCUGCGAUGGCUACGUUCUCGAGGGGGACGAGCUGACAUUCUACAAGAGGAAGCUGGAGAAGAAGAAGAAACAGUAAACCACGCGCGGCACCUGCCCAGCGCGGGCGCAGGACCCGAUCCAGCGCGCGGGGGAUGCAGAGCGGCGAUCAGAGAGGCGCUCAGCGCGCGACUGAUAGCGAACAGGAA